AUGUCCCGAGCUGCACAAUACGAACAGUCUAACGAUGACCAAUUCCAUGCCCUAGCUAAUAAGGUCUCCAUCUUUAAAAACAUUGCCAAUGACAUCAAUAACUAUGCUCAAGAAGACAAUUCACAGCUUAAUUCAUUAUCAAACCAAUUUUCAGCGUUAUCCGAUAGUAUUAAAGCAACAAGCGCCAAACUCACACACGUUAUCCGAACCAAUCCCAAAGUUAUAAAAAUGGUCGGUAUAGCUUUCUUAAUAUUUUUAAUCAUAUACUAUUCCUUAAAAUAUCUUUUCUAG